GCUGAAGCAAUGAGUGACCCACAAUGUCUUUACAACGUGGGAUGGGAGGCUCAUAGCAAAUUACCAACGCCCAACACAAAUUAAAGAUAUAGAUUAUGGAGAGCGAUAGAAAUUUAGAUUAUUUAGGAAGAUUAAAAAAAAAAAAGAUAUAAUAAAUAAUUAAACAAAGCUAAAUAAUAGUCUUUUAUGGAAAUGCGUGGAACCGUAAAAACAAUAGAAGCAGCAGCCGCCCGCAGUAGAAGAAAAAAGAAGAAAUUCUAUUUUGACUGAAUUUCCAUCUGCCUUUCUUAUUCUUCUUAUUUUUUCUUUUUUUUAGAGGCGUGCAAGUUUGAAUUGAGGGUGGUUUGUUUGUUUUCAUGUGUAUAAUCACGGAUAAUUCAUUGGUUUCUCAUGAACCACUCUUUUCCCUUUGCUGGUUGAUUCAGAGCUGAGAGAACAACAAAUGAUGUUCUACUAUCGUCUUGUGCAUCUGGAUUUGGCUUUCUUUGUGUGCAUAAUCUGAAGAAGGAUCUGUAGUUGAGAUGGCAUUGAAUUUGGUAGAUAGGUAGUACAAGCCUCUGCCAUUGAUUUAGCUUUAGUUUUGGCAAACAUACUAAUAUUUCCGGGAAUUCUGGCAACUGAACUUAAAUUCUCAUUAAUGCCAUUGAUAUCAUCAAGAAACUCGAGUUCCAUUGGUUCGUGGAGGCAUCAAAUGAUAUUGAUUCAGGAAGAUGCUUUCAAGUAAUAUAUCACAAUUGAUUGGAUAAUAAAGAACUAAGGGAGGAUCCUUUUGAACAUUUGAAAGAACUCUUAACUUUGGAGAUGGGCUUGCCUCAGGUGUCUUCUGGUGGUAUUGCUGAGGAAAUGACUGUGUCGCUUAGCAGUUUUGUGCAAACACCACGAAUUGUUAAUGUGAGUAGUUGUGAUUUAGCUGGGAUGCAUGGAGGAAAUGUUGGCAAUAGAAUGCAGAUAGAUUUUCCGUGCUCCUCUUUCGGAGAUUACCCCAGGAAAAUCAUUCCAGAGCUUCCAAAGGAUUCAAAUGUUUUGCAUGUGUAUAAAGAUGGCAGAUCAAAUAUAAAUGGUUUGAAUAAUGGGUCCAUGGAACAGAAUGGCUGGCUCACUCCUAAAAGUGGGCAGAAUAUUCAAACAUCUAUCCCCAGGUUUGUGGGUUUUGAAUCAAAGGCAUUGCAUUCCCAUUCUGCAGCAUUUAAUAAAAAACAGUCUUCAUCCCCUAAUGCAGCUGAGGCCACUGGUUCACUGGCCAGGAAGCGAGUACUGUCUCCAUUGAGUGGAAUGCUUCUCCCCGAUCAUUUUAAUGGUAGUGCUCUGGAGAUUGGUGACGGUUCUUAUCAGAGUGCUUUCCUGGAAAAAAACAAUAACUAUCAUUUGCCUAUCUCGCAAGAGCAUAAGAAAGCUCAUAUUGGCGACUCCAAUCAUUUGAGUUCUCCAAUUUGGUCUACUUCUAGUUUUUCAGAAUGGAAAAGUUCACCUGUCAGUAAUUGUGGAGAAAACUCCAAGUUUUCCAUUGAUGGCCCUUUCCUUGGGAACAAGGAUUGGCAAACUUGUAAUCAUUAUAUAUCCUCAUCUGGAUGUAAUGAUUCUGGAGCAACGGAAGUGAGGUCUUCAACUGGUGCUAUAGCUAUACCUAAGAAAAACAAGGUAUCACCUUCCAUGUCUCUGUCUCUGUCUCCUCUUGGUCCAAAAUUCCCUGAAAGAAUAAAAUCUUCAGGUGGUUGCAGAGAUGUAAAUAAAGAAUUAGAUGACAACUAUAUAACCUUGAAGGAUAUGAAGCUGUCACUUGAUGGAACUUUCCCUGGCAUUUUAUCUUCCAAAAAAGAUGAGGAUAUUAGGAUGCCAAGUAAAUCAUUUGAAGAUCUUAAUUAUUUGCAGAAAAAGUCAGAUCUGUUCACUCCUGAGGUUGUUGUUGGCUCAGAAUGUCAUUGGGGUCAGGCUUCAGAACUUACCUCUCAAAGUGUCACAUUGUUAAGAAGUGUCAGUGGACUGGCAGAUAGGAGGUCCUUGGUUGGUUCAUUUGAGGAGUCUUUGUUGUCUGGUCGGUUAUUAUCUGGAAAAGUUAGUCAGAGAAUUGAUGGUUUCCUGGCUUUUCUUAAUGUGACUGGGGGAAAUUUCUCAGUGAAAUCACAGAAACUUCCAUUUUCUGUAAAUAGUAUCGAUGGAGAUAACUACUUGCUAUAUUAUUCAUCAAUACAACUUGGUGGACAUUCAUUAACAAACAAUUCUAUAGGCCCAAAAAUGAGAAGGAGCCUUAGCAUUGAUGACCCUCAAGCAGAUAAGAGUCGCUUACGUAUACCUAUGAAAGGGUGCAUACAAUUGGUUCUUAGCAAUCCAGAAAAGACACCUAUUCACACCUUCUUCUGCAACUAUGACUUGAGUGACAUGCCAGUUGGUACAAAGACAUUCAUCCGCCAAAGGAUCACUUUAGCCUCUUCUGCACCAACUUCUACACCUGGAAUUGGAAGAUUGAGAGAUUAUGAUGUAAAAAACCAUGUCAAGCCAUCUUCUGCUCCAAACAUUAGUCAUUCUUCACCUUUUAGUGGAGACUUUGGUUAUUCAAAUGAACCUGAUAUCAUGCAUAGGCAUCCACACGAGGGUCUGGAAGAGAUUGAAACAAAUGGUUCUGACUAUAAUGGAAAUCUUGUCUGCCAGUCUUGUGAAUAUAUAAACUCAGGUGGGAAGGACCACAGCUCUUCAAAUUCAUUCCUUGGAAAUGAGGAUAAAUCUGUAAAUAGUCCCUUAAAAGUCAACAAGAGCAAUACUGGCACUGGUGUUCUGCGCUAUGCUCUUCACCUCCGGGUUUUAUGCCCCCAUCCAAAAAGAUCUUCAAGAUCAAUCCAGAGAUGCAAAUCUGAUCCCUUAAGUGCACCAAAGGACAGUGACAUAGUGCGACGCUUUUAUUUGUAUAAUGAUAUGAAAGUGGUAUUCCCACAACGCCAUUCAGAUUCUGAUGAGGGCAAGUUGCAUGUGGAAUAUGAUUUUCCAUCGGAUCCCAAGUACUUCCACAUCAGCAACUGAAAAUGCCCACCAUCUCUCCUCCUCAAAACCUACUUCUACACCUCUGUAAAUAUCUGUACAUGCAAUUUCUUCACAUCUUAUUCUCAGAUUUGGAUAGAAACCCAUUUUUAUAUGUACAUAAUUAGAUUAUUAAUUUAUUGAUCCAUGAUCCUUAAUGCUUUUUCA